AUGAAUGUCAUCCAAAUAGAGGAUGAUGGGCUUAGCAUAGAGUGUACUUUGUUUGGUCCAUUUGUGGAUGAACUUAAUGCAUUUCUUGAAUCUGGAGAAGUUGAAAAUGUUGUGAUAAAAUUGCAUCUUCAAAAUUGUAUUUGUGGUACAAGAGUUGUGUUCAAUGCUAAAUGUGAAGAGGUAAAAGAGUUGGCAACAAGAAUGUCAGAGGAUUUUCUGUAUAAUACACCCAGGAAGACUAUUAGUGCUCUUAAAGAUUGUUUUGAGGAUACCUGUUUUGUAGUUUUUGGUACCAUGAAACACGUUGUAGAUGAUGAGGAAUGGUGGUAUACUGCUUGCACAUGCAACAAGUGUCGUAUCAAGGUUGGUGUUAUUGAUAAAACAGAUUCAGCCACUUUUGUGAUUUUUGAUUGGGAUGCUACUAUCCUUUUCAGCAAGUCAUGUGCUAAUAUGUUUGAAACAUACCAGAAGAGAGGUCUUGUUGGAACUUUUCCAAGGGAUAUUACUAAUUUGGUGGAUAGGUUUUUCCUUUUUAAAGUUGAGGUUAAGAGUACAAUAUUUGAUGAUGGUUGA